AUGCCUAAAAAGUUGGAAUACACGAAGGGUCAAAGGUGCGGCAAGGAGGAUAAUUGCAGAUCAACGCUGUACUACGAAGAAAAUAGCUUCCAGUACUGCAAGAGGGGGCAUCUGCAGGAGGGAAUACCAACGCAGCAAGAUGAGGAUGACUUUGGCACCCAGGGUAGAAAGACCCGCGUCAGAAGGGAAACAAAAGAAAAGGUCUCCCAAAUUUACAGAGGCGCCACUGCUACAGAGCUCUACCUUCAAUCCUAUCAGCUCAUCCUCUGGAAACAAUGCUACGCCUUGGUCCACACCACUGGCCUCCCAGCAGAGCUCGAGACCGUGGUCAAAGACUUAUGGGCGUUGCGGUUGCAGUUGCUGAAAAGCAAGACUGAUGCUACCUCAGACGAGGACACGAUGUUUAGCUCACAGCCGCAGAGCGAGACGGAGACAGAAGAUAAGCAUGAGGGUGUUGGGAGAAAGUGGAAGGUUAGGGGGAAAAUUAUGCCCAGCUUGAUUGAGACGCUGGGACUCUGCUAUCUGGGAACGAUCCUGCUGCGAUUGCCUGUUAGUAUUGGGGAGAUGCAUCGGUGGGCUGUCAGAGAGGACAUUCCUUUCAUAAGGGCCUCUCCGCUCGAGCUAGAUCAGCUACGCAAGACGAUCCAUAAUCUCUCUCUUUUCUACACACACCAUUUCGCGCUCGUCUUCCCUCCACUCAACGCUCCUCUUUUACUCUACAAGCAGAUACGCAAUCUCUCCUUACCAAUCACGCUCCACCUCAAAACGCUCGAGAUUUCUCGACUACUAUUAAUAACGUUCGCCUUUCCAUUGCCUAGCUUUCGGCAGCAGAUCUCUUCCUUGCCCGAAAUUCAGCUGAUAUGUCUGCUGAUAAUAACGGUGAAGCUCUAUCACCCAUUUGACGGCUUUACCCGCCAUGUGCGCUCUCUUGCAGACUCGGCUGUAUUGACAAUUGACUGGGCAACAUGGGUCGACGUUCAAAGCUCUCACAAACUCCAUGCUACCGGCGAGGCUCACGUGGAACGUGGAAGCGAGAUAAAUGUCACGGAAAGGGAUGUCAUGAAUAUGACGGGGGAACAGUUGGACGAUUACAUGGAUUGGUACGAACGCACCUAUGUCGACGAGUCCCGUGUGGAGGAAAAAGCUCGUGGCCUUCCAAAGCAGCUCCUCGACAUGUUUCCAAUAUGUCGUACAGAUGGUUCCAGCCCUACGCCAUACAAUUACGAUCAGAUGGCUGUCAAGGAGCAGGAGACCAUCGACAAGAGGCUCAAUGUGGUGAUGGGCAAGCUGCGUUUGCGUAAUGUAGUCCCUGACAACCCUGAAGAUUCCGCUGGGGUUCAUGGGGACUCGACUCGAAUCGGAAGCUUCUACAAGAGAUACAGGAAAGUUGAGGAUUUAACGCCGCACGCCAAAGCUUUCCAUGAAGCAGUUGCUGAAGCGAUCGGUGUCAGGCUUGAAAGCCUCAUUCUAGCGGUGGGACAGGUGGAGCGAAGCUUGGUGAAGUGGAGAGAGGCAAAGGUGAAGGCAGACAAAGAGGAAGGUGAUGCGCUCAUGGAGAAUACAAGCGACAACAACGCUUGA